CACUUUCCAAACGCACCUCGACCCUCCACAGGUAUGCAGGUGGAAUGAGUUUUCGCAAUCCAUCACCACCUUUAGAUUACGAAUGUGAAACGACUUCGCAACCGAAUGCUACUGUUGCGCCUAUCAUUCUUAGGCUUGUUGAGAAUGUGAUCGGUGACAAUAUGGACGGCUUACAGCUGGAUUCGAUCGAAGACACUCCUCUUGAGCGUACCCUUUGUGCAGCUUGGGAUCUCGCUAGUAUUGAUGAAUAUGCAGCAGCAAUGCUGGAAAACAAUAUACAGGUUAUUGCUCUCAAGAUAUGUACCUCGACAAAGCGACCCAGGACACGAGAGCUGACGGUUGGGACACUUGCAAACAUUGCUUGCCAUCAUGACACCGGAGCCGUUUUGUUAGAACAGGAAGAUAUUUUCCUUCUCAUCAGCUCCAUACUCUGGAAUGAGAAUGAUGCUAGGGUAUUACAUGAAGCUACACGUCUAUUGGAAGGAUUUCUUGUGUUUACUAUCAACAUGGCAGAACAGUCAGUAAUAGACAGCCCACACCUUACUCGAUUCCUGGCUACUGCUGCUGACAGACCGUCAGUCAUCUCGAGGUACAUGGUUAUUGUCAUGAACACUCUUAAUACAGAACUUCUCGUCAGAUCGCUUCAAGUUAUUAGGCACAUGAUUGUAUACAUGCAAGCUACGGAUUUGCUCUAUUCGUCGCCAGAACUGAAAUCGGAUGCCUUAAAACUAGUUACUUGGGCGACAGAGCGAUUAGAAGAAGAGGGAAGAGGCAUUGGUAUUGGCGGUUUCAAUAAGACUGUGGCAAAAAACUUAAUGCACGUCGUUUGGGCCAUUGGUGCCUACAAGAUUGUGGAAAGUAGCGAAUAUGAUCAUGUAUUGGCUACGUCUUUAGCUCAAUCAAUGAAGCGGAUACAGUCCUAUAUAGACGAAGAAUACGAUAUAACACAAGAGGAUGAAGCCAUCCAGGAUUUGGCUAAGCUUUUGACAGAAUCUCUCCAUAUAGAAUAAUAGAAUAACCAAAUGUUCAUCCAGCCCAUUUUAACGGCUCUACAUUAUUCACUGACUUAUUUUGGAUGGUGUAUGAAGGAGUAUUCGAAGACGGCUUCAAUAAUAGCGCGAAAUGCAGGCCAAAGUGGAAACCGUUUUUGUGUGGCUCAGUGGAGAUUGAAGUUCGCAGUCAUUUGCCCUCGAGACUGAGGCAGCAAGGUCACACCUUUUGUU